AUGUAGUUUUGUGGAUGAUACUGAGAUUCUAAACCUAAACCCCUUCGCCUCAUAUCUCUCUCUGUCUUCUCUUUCCUCUUCGCGUUGUCUCACACUGUACCGCCGUGAGUCGUCGCCUCUCCGCCGCGAUUUGUAGCUUCAAGUUGAGUUGGAAAAAGCACUAUUUGUUCUUCUAGCGUUUCUGAAGUCCCGAAUACCUGAUCUUGAGUGAGUGUGUGCCCGAGUCUGAAGGAUGUGGAGGUCAGUUGUGGCAGCAAGAGCCUCUCUCUCUAGAUGCUCAGGACGUAAAUUAUCUAUUACUAAUACUCGGACCUCUAAAACCCUCUUCCAAUCUCCUUCAGCGUCUUCAACCUCAUUCUGUCUUUCUAGAUCCACUCCACCCCAUAACCGUAGAUUCUUCUCCCAACUUUCGUCAAAUGUCGGUGACUCUGAGCUACAUCUCUCUGAAUCCUCCCAUGGUGAUAUUUCUGUUUCACCAGAAGCAGAGCAGUUUUCAGAAUCUUUUGGUGAAAAUGAUGGUGCCCAGGCGAAAGAUUGGCAAGACUCAGUGAGCUCCGGUGAAAUUAGCAGUGCCCUUUUGAAUGGUUCUGCCCAUGAUGAAUUGAAUGAGCAAUUUUCAGCAAGUAACGACGAAAAUGCUACCCAGAUGGAGAACGAAGGGGGAGUACAUGAGAUUAAUGUGGAGCAGCUGGAAAAUCUUUUGUCUCUUCUUCAAAGUAGCUUUGAUGGGUCUUUAGAAUCGAUUCUUGACGAAAUGAGUUUGAAUCUAAAUGAAGAGUUUGUGGUAAGAGUACUUGAAACCCCCAGCAUUUUGGGUGAGAAUUUGAUUAGUUUUUUCAAGUGGGCUUCGAAGGACGGAUCAGAGUUUAAAGUGACUUCUCGUGUUGUUGAUGCACUUGUUCGAUCUGUAUGUCGCAAUCUCAGGAAGAAAGAUGCGUAUGCAUUGUGGGAUUUGGUUAAGGAUGUUGGUGAGAAGGAAAAAAAUGACGUCAUAAGUGUUGAGAGUCUCAACGAAUUGAUUUCUUUGUGCUCGAAGUUGGGUAAAGCAAAGGCUGCCAUGGAAAUUUUUAACAAGUUUGAAGAUUUUUACUGUGAGCCAAAUGCGGAUACGUAUUACUUCACGAUUGAUGCACUCUGCAGGCGUUCUUUCUUUGAUUGGGCAUUGUCUAUUUCUGAGAAGAUGAUCGAUGCAGGGAAACUCCCUGAUGCCGAAAAAGUUGGUAAGAUCAUAUCCUGGUUUUGUAAAGGUAAAAAGGCUAAAGAUGCUUAUUUGAUUUAUACUUUGGCAAAAGAAAAGGAGCUGUACCCUCCUGGCUGUUCCAUUAAUUUUUUGAUCAGUUCCCUCUGCCGUGAGGAUGAUAACGUGAAAUUAGCACUGGAAAUGUUAGAUGAUUUUGCCGGUAAAGAACGGAAGUAUGCGAUUAAGCCAUUUUCUGCUGUUAUUCAAGGUUUGUGUAGGACGAAAGAUGUUAGCGAGGCCAAAAAGUUGCUUCUUAAAAUGAUAGCAUCUGGCCCACCUCCUGGAAAUGCAGUUUUCAACUCAGUUAUUCAUGGUUUCUCCAAGGCUGGAGAUGUGGGAGAGGCAGUAGACAUAAUGAAACUGAUGGGACGGAGAGGUUUGAAGCCAGAUGUCUACACUUACACUGUUAUUAUUAGUGCUUAUGUUAAUGGAGGUCAGAUGGAUGAGGCUUGUAAAAUGUUAUCACAAGCCAAAAGGAAGCAUUCUCAACUUAGUCCUGUGACUUACCACACACUUAUCCGUGGGUAUUGCAAACUGGAAGAUUUUGAUAAGGCUCUAAAGUUGUUGGCUGAGAUGAAAGACCAUGGGGUCCAGACUAAUGUUGAUGAGUACAAUAAGUUGAUCCAAUCUCUUUGCCUUAAAGCCUUAGAUUGGGAGAGAGCAGAAAAACUACUAGAGGAAAUGAAAGAGAAGGGCUUACAUCUUAAUGGGAUUACUAGAGGCCUAAUUAGAGCAGUCAAGGAAAUAGUGAUCGAGGAAGUUGAAACUACUAAGACUAGUCUAGAGGCUUAACUAUUUUGCUGAUUAUGUUUAGUAUACAUCUCCUGUCAUCUCUCAAAUGAAAAAUGAAGUCUUUAACUUUCUUUUAUCAAUGUGAUGGUUCUUUUGCUCGGACUGAAUGGGAAAGCAUUGUGGGUAUGUGCCCAGAGAGGUUAGUAGCGACUGACUGUCAAAUCAAGAUGCAAUUUUUUUCCCAUGCCUUUUCGUAUUCAUUUGCUUCUUAAUGAGACUAAUAAAAAAUUGAUAAAGUGGAGCUAAAUUUUUUAACUUUUUUUACACAA